CGACUAAGAGGUCAACAUACAAGAGACUUACAUCUCCCGUGAAUCGCUAUGAUUGUAUAUGUAUAUAUUCAUCACAACUACACUCUUCAACCCAAUGGAAGCUAGUUCUUUAACAAAGAUUUCGAUUAAUUGCUAUAGGUCAUUCCACUGAACUAUGAGCGUAGUAUCUACUAAAUGCAUUUUCCAGUGUUCACUCAGAGAUUAACUAUACCGCGGAUGAAAAACCAGUAUUGAAUUUAUCAUUUGCACAAUAAGUAAUUCUCUCAAGAAAUAACCGCUGUUUAUGAACGUGAACGGAGUCAGCUGUUUACGCGCUCUUUGCAUCCAAAGUCAUGUAGUUCAUGGGUAUGUUGGAAACAAAAGUGCUGUUUUACCAUUACAACUCUUAGGGAUAGAAGUUGACUUUAUCAACUCAGUUCAGUUAUCGAACCACACAGGGUACGAAAAUGUCAGGGGCCAAGUUUUAGAUGCUAAUGAUUUGAAAGAAUUGUACCUGGGAUUAAAAACAAAUGGUCUUCACAGAUAUACUCAUGUCCUCACAGGAUACGUUGGCUCACCGAGUUUUUUGGAAGGCGUAGCAUACAUUGUAUCUGAUUUAAAAAACGAAAACCCAGGCUUAAAAUUUUAUUGCGAUCCUGUUCUAGGUGAUCGGGGAAAACUUUAUGUUCCACCGGAGCUCAUCGACAUCUAUCGGGAAAGAAUACUUCCAUUAGCAGAUGUUCUUUUACCAAAUCAAUUUGAAGCAGAGUUACUUAGUGGUAUGCAAAUUACAGAUGAACAAUCAGCGUUAAAUUGUAUUGCACAUUUACAUAAACAAUAUAAUAUUCCUACUGUAGUUAUAUCGAGUACAAAUUUAACAAAAUUCCCUCAAGUAAUGUAUGGUUAUGGAAGUCGUUUAAAAAGCUCAGUCAACACUCCAAAUGAUAAUAAUCACACCAGUAAUACUAAUAAUAAUCUAUCCGAUCAAACAAAUGGUUCACAUGUAUGCAUCAAUCAAGAAUAUGAUCGUGUACGAUUAAGAAUUCCAAUAGUGAAUUGUCAUUUCACUGGUACUGGUGAUUUAUUUGCUGCUUUAACUUUGGCUCGAUUAGAACCACGAAUUGUGAACGAGAAUGGUGAGAAAGUGGCUAAAUACUCUUUCAAGGAGGCAUUUCAAUGGGUUAUUAGCACAAUGCAAGCUGUUCUACUAAGAACAUUAAAACUGUCUACUUCUCCUGAAAUGCUAAAUAUGCCUAAAACUGCUCGACAUGAACUAAAAUUAGUCCAGAGUAUCGAUGAUAUACGUAAUCCGGUGUUAGGAGAUUAUGUUGAAGAGAUAUGAAUCAGCCAAUGGGAAUAAAGCACAGUAGAAAUCUUAUUCUCGGUGAAUAACUUAAGGACAAAUUACAACGUAGUAGUGGUUACAGUUUCAAUAUAUAUUACAUAAUAUAUACAUAUUUAUUUUUUCAAUUUACUGACUGUUUCCAAAUGAGUUCGUUUCUUAUCAAAUAACAGGAUAUAUAUGUUUGCAUUCCUGUGGACAGAGAGAGAGAAAGAGACUGUGGAUAGGUCUGUGUGUGUGUGUGUGUGUAAAUACUGUUUCUGUGACUUAAUAUAUAAUUCUUUGACAUAAUGUAAUCCAAACUUAUAAAUACAUAUAUUAUUUUUCUCUUGA